UAUCGUCAUAUCUCCCACCCCUUGUAAAUGUAAUUAUGUAGGUCUAAGCCAGAUGGUAACAGGAAAAAUCUUAAAAUCAAUGGGUCAGCUGUGGGCAGUUCAAUAUCUUUGGUUGAUGCUCAUACUUGCGUUUUAAUAAAAGUGAUGAAAGCAAAGUAAACAAAAAUGUUACACAAGAAUGUAGAAAUGAGGUUGAAGUGCAAGGCAGCAGAAACAUACGGGCAAACCCCACUUUUGCUGGUCAAAUCAGUGGGUUAGAUGAACACUGGUAUAGAUCCUGUCCCAGAGGGCUUAAUUCGAUUGCCUCCUGUAUGAGGACAAAGGUCUUGCUCUUUCAGCUGGUUCAAUAAGCGCCCAGCUGUUACAUCAGGCGUGAUGCAAAAUCAAGCCACCAUGCAGGAAUUUAUACAUUCCUGCUCACGAGCAGUGUUUCCAUUAGUCUGUAGCCAGCCACUGAGAGAGACAAACUUAUUCUUAUGAGAGAGAUACUUUAUUAUAGGUAGAAACAAUCCAGCAACUGGAUACAUCACUAAAAACACCUGGGGAUUUAUUUUCUGUAUUGUGAGCAAACUUUUUGGGCAAUGGACUUUUUAUUAACUAGUUAAGAAUGUAAUUUAUUUUUCAGAAUAUUUCACCACAUGUUGUACCUAUUUCAGCAGUACGUCUGGUGCAGCUGACAUCAACAGACAGGUUGUAGCUAGAGGAGACAGCUAAGUACCCACCACCAGUGCCCUCUUGUAUAGUCAACGUAACCAGGACGGCAUCCACACAUCACCAGAGAGGAGACAGGUGAUGGAGAAGUUUUUUAAGCCUGUCCACAGCCCUUGUGGACCAGACGAGAUCAAGGUGCGGAAGCACCACCACCAUCAUCACCAUCACCAAGAACCUCAGUCACACAGGUACACAAUGUCUGAUGACACUGACAGAAAUACAGAUGAAAGCCAAGGGCCCCACCAUCAUCAGCAGCAUGGUCACUAUCUCCAUGACAACCCUCAACACAAUGCCCACCAUCGCCAUCAAACACAACAGUUUCAUCACAGCGAAGAAGACGAGUUACUUUACGACCAUGAAACACUUGUAACUCUCUCCAGGGCCUCUUCUUCUUCCCUUUCUUCCUCCUCCUCCACUACCUCUUUUUCUUCCUGGUAUACGGACGCAAGUUCAAAUGAUCCCUUCUCUCUUCAUCAUGCUGCACACCCACAGCAUUCCCUGUCAUGCUCCAACAUUGCAGAUGCGCGCAGAGGCUUUAGGGAAUUGGACAGCAGUGAGCCCAUUGUCUUUGCCACCAUCAAACAGGGCAAAAACAGAAGUGUUUGUAGUGAGACACAUGGCAACUCACAAAAGAAGGGAAAGCAUGUUUUUUCUUCUCUUGACCGAAGUCACAGCAGAAGCGAUGAAGGCCUUCUGCAGGGCAAUGAAAGUGAUCUUGGAGGGGAACAAUCCAGGGUACCGCACAUGAGCUAUGGACCUCUGUGUAAGACAGCUAGCCUAAAUCGAAGCCUGGUUUUUAGUGAGGCGGACAUUGUGUUAGGGGUCCCCAAUGGCCCCAAGAGAGCAGUGUCCUCCAGUCAGCUACCCACCAAAGGCAUUCUCAAAAACAAGAAACCUCAUAUUGACAUUCGCAAGGCUAGGUCGAUGGAGGCGCUGUCCCCAAGAGUUUCCAAAGGACAAGAUCCCAGUGGACAGAAGGGAAAAGGGAUCACUCAAGUUGAGAUAGAACAAGCCAAGGCAAAUUUUGUGCAAGGAAAGGUGCAAUUCUCAGCCUUCCUAGAUGAGAUUACAAAACAGGUUAUAAGUCCGUCAGCUCUCAACAUCUUGGGUGUGAACAAUGAUAAAACUACUGGGAAGACAUCUUCCUCAGUCCAAACACCUGUCCCAAUUAAGCCUCAACUCCCACCCAAAAAGCAUAGAGAAAGCUUCGGGGAGGAGAGAGACCAGCACCCAAAACAGCACAGCAGACAUGAGAAAUCAGCUCACAGCAGCUCACGGAAACAUUCAGACAGCUCCAACCCUGAUAACCUGAUCUCAUAUACGGCUAAGAACCACCAUGGUAGCCCACCCCCUCAUCAAUACCCCUACUCUCCCAGCCACAAUACUCACCAUGGAAGCAGCCGUAAGGACAGAAAGAUGUCACCCACAGGGGGCUCUAUGUCAGGGGACAGAUAUGGUAGAUGUGGCCCUCACCUCACAGAUAGCACCAGCACCAGUUCUGAGCCUAGCCAACCUAAACAACGUCACCACCGCAAACAGCAGCCCGCUGCCUCCUACAGUCAACAUACCCAGCCCGUCCCUCAGCAUCAGCCUCAACAGGUGCACCCUGGACCUGCUGUAGAACCAGGACUUGGAUCUGAAUAUUCAUCCACAAAAUCAGAUUCAUCCAGGGUCAGAGACGCAGGGGCCUCUACAGCUACCAGUCACAGCUCAGAGCAGGGUGGUCGACACCAUUCACAGCAUGUAGGGCACUCUAAACAACACAAGGACACACCAUGUGAUGCUGAUCACCUUAAUGCGCUGCAGGAGGAGAAUGCUGAUCUCCACCAGAACUUGUUGCAGACUGUGGUUUGCAUCGAGAGCCUGGAGGCGGAGUUGCAGAGAACCAGAGACGAGCUCAGCCAUGUUAAGGAGAAAUAUAAAAGCCUUCUUGAGACCCACACUGGGACCAAGCAGACAAAUAACCUGCUCGGGGAACACCUGCAUAUAGCGUCAGAGAGCCUGAGCAGUGAGAGGAAGUUCCUACUAGGCCGUGUGUCCCAGCUGAGCUCAGAGUUGGAGGACGCCCACAGGACCAUAGCAGCUAUGGAGAACAUCAAUGUGCCAUGCUUGAUAAAGGAAUUAUUGGAAAAGCAUUUUAAUUCAGCUGAGGCCAUACAGAAAUUUCUGAUGACUCCUGCUCCGAUCAGCCAUUCUGCCACCUCUUCACAAGCACACAGUGAGUCCCACGUUCCCAAAAUGGAGGAAGCAGCACAUGAUUGGUUGAUUAAAUCAGACGCACGUCCACAGAGGGCCACAGCCUUCAUACCGUUUAAACAAGGGGGGUCGACAGCAGAUACUGAAGGCAGUUUCACAGGCCAGAAUGAGUCCAGGCACAGCCCUCCUUUAUCUGCAGCUGACAUCAGCACUGCUAUCUAUAAAAAAAUGGCUGCCAGUUAUGCUGCCAGACCACAGCCUCUCUAUCCCCAAAGCCAACAGAAGCAGCCUCCCCAGGGCAUUAACCAAGCUGACAACCCUCCGAACCUUCAGGACACUCAUGUGGGUGGUGACAGCUGGGGUGGGAAAGGAGAGGUAAAGGUAACGCUUUUGGAGCAGGACGUUGUGGAUGUGACUUCCAUGUCAGCCCAGCAGAUCCUGGAUGAGUUCCUGCAGCAGCUGCAGCCCCAUAAGGAGGCGGGUGGAGGGAAGGAGCAGCAGGGUGGGCAUGAGUGGGUGGGUGGAGCGGAACAUAGAGGCAAAUUGGCCGACUGAAAAUGUCACCCAAACACAUGAAUGGAUUAACCUAUAUUCUCAACUUAUGGCACUGAAAUAGGUAUUUAUUCAUAUAUGUCAUUGCUGUCAGUGCAAACUUUGUAUCCCCAAGAUUUCAGUUCAGUUGAAGCUGGAGAAAUAAGUUUUUUUUAGCUUGUAUAUAAUGUACUUUUAGGGACUCCAAUGAUUUUAGAAACAAGAAUUCACAGAGGAAAAGGAAGAAAAUUUGAUAUUGAGCCAAAAUUAGAUGUACACAACCACACACACAAUAACCAUAUUGGGAAACCAGUUUACUCUCAAAAACAGAAAAACACUUUUAAUCGUGCAGUGAAUGCAUGAAAAACAAUAUAUAUAUAUAUAUAUAUAUAAAUAAAUAGAGAAGAUAAAUAGAUUUAUAGCAGACUAUUUCCAAGUAGUUUACAGUGUUAACAAAAACUUAAGUAUUGAAGUAUUAGGGAGGCAUUUAAGUGUAUGCAGUGGCUGUUCAGUGUAUAUUUCCAUUAAGUGGUCAUUUUAAUAAUGUGUCAUUCACUUUGUAUAUUUCUUAACCCUUUCAGCCUGUAACAGAGCAUCACAUCUGCAUACAAAGUCUCUAUUGUCACUGUUACAUUAAUGAGAAUCAAAAUGGCUUCUGUGUUUAAUUAAGUGCCAGAAGUGAUUAGAGCUUGUCUAGACUGUAGAUUCUUAAUUCUAUAAUAUUAUUUUGAAGAGACCAAACAAUUCCCACCACAAGCAAGCACAUGGCGAUUGUGGCGAGUAAAAAACCUUCAACAGGCAGAAACCAGCUUAAAGAUGUAAAGAAUGAUCUUUUAAAAAAGUCUCUUUUGAGAUAAAUGAAUCUUUUUUUUUCGAUAGAAGCUGCCGUUCAUUUAUAGUGAACCUUUAGACCUAUUUGUACAAUGAAAGAGGUUUAAAGUAGGAGAUCUCAAAAACUUCUGUCAGUUGUGUGCUUAGAAAAUACAAGUUUGAGUUCAGCAUAUAUUAUUCAACAAUCGUGGCCUUGUGUCACAGCAGUUUUUCUUUUAAACUGGAUUUUCAUGAGAGAUGCCCAUGCUGUCCAUUGGUAUGAUUCAGUAUGUUCAGUAUUCAAUGGCCAUUUAACAGUAAAGUUUGAUGUUACUGGAAGAAUGAAACUAAAAAACCUUUUCAGUGCUGAGGUAAGUGGGUCUCACUUACCUCUUGAAGCAGUGCAUCUGCUCUGACACGCUUCAGUGAGUUCAUGGCGAUCAUUCAACAGUGAAAAGUUUAUUUCUACUUUUAUUAACAAUAAAUCAACCUGGCAGAAAUACCUCUUGGAUUUUUUA